AUGGAGGAGAAUAAAAAAUCUUUUGAAUUAAUUUAUUUUUUCAAUGUACAUUUGGCUGCGACAUUCAUCUGUUUGACCCUCGAGAUAUUGAACAAUUGUCGUGGUGUGGAAAUCGUCCUUGACCUUUUUGUCCUGAGUGUCUUCUCGCUGCUGGCAUGUGUCAAAGGGUUAAUAGUGCAUCAUCACAUCCAUAACAUGUCCGAGAACGUUCGUUCUGCGAUCGCAGACUGGUCAUUGCUUUCCCAAACAGACAACUCCCAAAAUAAAGAGCUGAUGACAAAAUACGCACGAAUAGGAAAACUCGUCUGCUUCUCGCUGAUGAUUCCAGCCUCCGGUGGCACCCUCUCCUGGAUCAUCCUUGCUCUACCACUUCCCAUGUUCCUCCCAGCAAACAGCUCCAACGUCAUCAAGAACUUUCCACUCCAAACGGCUUGCACAUUUGAUCCCAUAACAACUUCCAAAUUUUAUUACCUCAUUUUUGGUCUGCAAAUGUAUCAACUGGUAACGACAUGUCUCGGUAACUGCGGCAAUGAUGUAUUCUUCUUCGGCAUGUCGAUGCACACCUGUGGACAGUUGGAAAUAUUGCAGAAUGAUCUCACUGAUAUUGAAAUUGAGAAAGAAGAGUCGAACAACUGGAGGAAGUUGAAAGGAAUGGUGAAGAGACAUGUCCACCUGAUUGAAUUGGUUGACAAAUUGGAGGGCACAUUCAACAUGAUUAUCUUGGCGCAAUUGAUUAUGAGUGCUGUGCUGAUAUGCAUUAUGGGACUGCAGGUGAUAAUAGCACUGAAAACUGGUGACAUGUUUGCCGCGGUCAAAGCUAAUAUUGUCCUGUCAUCUCUGAUGUCACAAUUGUUCUUGUACAGCUACGGCGGUGACUGCUUGACCACACAAAAUGCAUCAGUGGCUCUUGCUGUCGACAAAAGCCCGUGGUAUAAAGCCUCAGCGGUUACAAUGAAAAAUGUCGCCUUCAUCAUGAUGCGAGCUAAUAAACCAAUUUACGUCACAGCUGGAAAAUUUUUUGACAUGACACUGAGCACAUUUAUGGAAAUUUUGAAAGCUUCCGUGUCCUACAUGUCUGUUCUCCGGAUAACGAUGUUGGCAACCACGGGCACGAUAAAACUGAUAACACAAUGCGGAAGUUCCGAAGAAAUGAUUGACACAUUUCUGAUGCUGGUUGUCUCGCUUCUCCUCUUGGCUAAGUGCUGUCUGCUGUACCUGCAUCGGGACAAACUGGCAUUCAUCAUUCGUUCGUCGACUGAAGACUGGAUAAUGGUGGAGAAUGCACAGUACAAGAAGAUGAUGUCAGAACGGAGAAGUUUCUGCGAGACAGUAGCAAAGAUGUUUUACUCCGGGGGUUUAUUCGUACUUGCUAUUUACCUUGCCAAAAUUUUGAUAUUUGACGAGAUCAAUGUGAUCGACGAAGAAUCGAUGAACAGCACAUCUGUGAAGCUACAACGGAGAUAUUUAUUUCCGGAUGGAUGUGUCUUCGACGGCAUUGGAAAUUAUCUGUACUACCUCAUCAUCACCAAUCAGGCGAUUCAGAUGUCUAUAACUGUAUCGAUAAAUCUUGGUGGAGAUACUCUGUACGUCGCUCUUACCCUGCAUCUCUGCGAGCAAUGCGAGAUCAUGAAGUUGAAGUUCAAGAGUUUUGGACAGUACGACAGCUUAGAGAAGAAUCAUGAACAUCUGAAAGCUCUGAUUUCGAGGCAUCAGAAGUUGAUGAUACGAGCUGAAAAGUUGGAAGAUAUCUACAACGAAAUCAUUCUGAUGCAGAUGCUCAUGAGCAUUAUGCUGAUCAGCGUUGCAGGAUUUAGCUUCUUAGUCAGUCUUAAUGACGGGGAGAUGCUUGCGGCAGCGAAGAACAUCUGCUUAAUGCAAUUUAUGCUGGCGCAAAGCUACAUCUAUACUUUUCCAGCUGAUGAUUUGAAGGAUCAAGCAGACGGUUUGCUCCACGCAUUGUACUCCAGCCAGUGGUGUGACAUGCCAGCCCACAUCAUGAAAGAUAUUGGUUUCAUGAUGAUGAGAAUCAAUGUGCCUCCAUAUUAUACAGCGGGAAAAUUUUUCUAUCUGACGAAGCAAUCCUACAUGACUGUUGUGAAAACGGCUGCGUCUUAUCUAUCAGUUUUACGAAUAAUGAUUAAAUGA